CAAAAAAACUUUUCCCCGCACCAUCUCCAUCACAUCCGUUUCCAGAUCAUAUUUCCGUAUAUAUACAAUAAUUACACACAGUUUAUGCCCUGUCAUUUACACAAACACACUGUAUACAUCUCUCCCAAACCCCAGCUCUGUUCUAAACCCCUUAUUUUGCACCACUUUUUAUCAAAAAUUUCCAAGAAUUUCAGGAGGAGAAAGAGAAGGAAAUGGACGCAAGGCAAACGGUUCCGAGGUCAGUUGAGGAGGUUUUCGAUGAUUUCAGAGGCCGGAGAGCUGCUUUGAUCAAAGCUCUUACAACUGAUAUGCAGAAGUUUUACCAGGAGUGUGAUCCUGAGAAGGAAAAUCUGUGUUUAUAUGGCUUGCCAACUGAGAAAUGGGAAGUCAAUCUGCCUGUUGAGGAGGUGCCUCCUGAAAUACCCGAGCCAGCAUUAGGCAUUAAUUUUGCAAGGGAUGGGAUGCAAGAGAAGGACUGGUUAUCACUUGUUGCAGUUCACAGUGAUUCGUGGUUGAUUUCUGUUGCAUUUUAUUUUGGCGCUCGUUUUUGUUUCAACAAGAAUGACAGGAAGAGGCUUUUCCAGAUGAUAAAUGAGCUACCAACUGUAUUUGAAGUUGUAACAGGCUGUGCUAAACAGUCUAAGGACUCUGCUCGCAGUAAUGGGAGUAAAAGCAAAUCUAAUGGGAACAAGUCUCGAACAUAUGAGUCUUACUCCAAAGCAAAGAUGACUCCUCCACCCAAUGAAGCGGGAGAAAGUGAUGGUGAUGAGGCUGACGAAGGACAGGGAACAAUUUGUGGUUCUUGUGGAGACAAAUAUGCGGCUGAUGAAUUCUGGAUUUGCUGUGAUGUGUGUGAGAGAUGGUUCCAUGGGAAAUGCGUAAAAAUCACCCCUGCCAAGGCUGAACAUAUCAAGCAGUACAAGUGCCCUACUUGCAGCUCAAAGAGGGCCAGAGUCCAUAUGUAAGAUACCAAAUCCGUGAGGACAUCGUAGUUAAUUAGUUAAGAACAUAAGUUGCAAAGUUGGUAGUUGAUUAAGUUAAACAAGUGGGAGCUGUUUUACUCUCAAGUUAACAAUUAGAACGUCAGCGACGAAGUUUCAGAUGUUAGUCUCUCAUGUUUUCUUAGAUUAUUUCUAGAAAAACUGCUGGCACUCUGUGAUGAUAUUAUGAAGGUUUAGUUAAUCUAUUAAUGGAA